AUGGCAAAACUCAACCACAACUUAUCCAUGGUGAUUGCUUUGCUCUCAUCCAUAUUAAUCGCAGCUUCAAUGGUAACAAGCGAAGAGGAGUUCAUGAUUACAAUCCCACCAGAACCAGAACCAGGUUUCUAUAAAACCAUAGAAGAAUGCAUCGAGAAGAUGAGUAGGGAAUGUGGGGAAAACAUUGUGAAAGCCGUUUUAGAAGAUGAAGAAAUUUCAGAGCAAUGUUGCGCUGAGCUUGUGCAUGGAAUGGGCAAAAUCUGCCACGAUGACUUACUCCAGUUUUACGUCUCAUUGCCCCAGUUGGGUUUUAAUGUAACUCACCUUAACAUUAGAGGUCAUCAAGUAUGGAAUAUCUGUAUCUUAAAAGCUCCAUCAAAGAUGUGA